AUGGACGAUUUUACUGGGAAGAAGGGAUUCCACGGGCGCAAACGUCCAGGCCCGCACACCAGCGGGCAGGCGCAGUGCAGCUCCUUCCGCUCCCGGAUCUACGGCGGCGACACCAACAUCAACGCGCCCUACGCCGCAUCUCUCCGGGCCAACUGCCCCCAGUCCGGCGGCAACGGCAACCUGGCGCCGUUGGACACGACGACGCCCAACACCUUCGACAACGCAUACUACACGGACCUCCUAUCCUAG